UGAUAACAGGAGAAUUUGUAUGAAUGAAUAUCUUCAGACACACCAGGGUCAGGGGUAUGUCUGGUCUGGGAUUGUUGUCUCCCCUGGAUUUAACGUUUAUAACAAAGAUGUUUAUUGUCCCAAGGUUUUGUGCUUUCUACUCCUGUAAGAUUGGAAUGCCGAGCGGGUCCAGCCCAUGUGCUGCAGAAAACAAGCUGUGCGCAAUGGACCUAGUCCUAUCAACAAAGGCAACUCAUGAGUGAGUCGGACUGGCACUGAUAGAAAUAAAAUAGCAUCAUAAUUGUGGACUGAGGGAGCUUCCGUACACAACUUGCAGUCUAGUUGCGGUCAAGGAGAGACUUGAUAAAAGAAAAAAACGUGAUAUUUGAAUAACUGAUAUGAAGAUGUCGAGAAAAUCAAAGUUGGUUGAUAUUUUUCCACGCCAUAGUCGUACAUGGUAACAGAGGUGGGAGAAAAUUAGCAGAUAAGCUUGCUUGACAGUUCCUUCAGCAUAUUUUCUACACCAUCGAAUGAGGAGCAGCAGUUAAGUUUGAAGGUGGGUGAUUACUUUGACGGGCAGAGACUAAGCUAAAAUCAUCAAAAGUUUGUGUGGGAAGAUCCCAAUUUACUUGGUUUAGUACUGUUGUUAGGUCUGCUGUCCCAACAGUUAGAUACCACAGUUUUCAACGUUUCGUCGUCAUAAACCUGUCCUCAAGCUCGAACUGGCCGCCUCCCUGUAUCUUAAUUUCUCGCAUUAAACCUUUGAAAUAUAGCAUCCUAACAAAAUAACAAUCCGUUCUUAUCAACUUCUUUGCAAGUUAAUUAGCUAAUUCUCUAGUCUUCUCCUCUUAUAAAUAUGCAUAGAGAGAGACACACACACACACACCUGCUUGUAGAACCUGCCUUGCCUACGAAGUUUGCACUCUCUAAAUUAAUAUGAGUUCUCAAGCACUGUCACGAAACAGGGCUCACCAACCAUGUGCUGCUUGUAGAAUGCUACGAAGGAGAUGCGACAGCAAUUGCAUACUCGCCCCAUAUUUUCCAGGUGAUGAAGCUGAGAAAUUUUUUGGGGUUCAUAAGGUGUUUGGUGCCAGCAAUGUUAUCAGAAUGAUUCAGAUGGUGGAGGAAUCAAAAAAAGAAGAUGCUGUUAAAGCAAUCAUCUAUGAAGCAAGAUCAAGGCUCAGAGACCCUGUAUAUGGAAGUGCUGGAACAAUAUUCCACCUGCAAAGGAUGGUUGAAGAACUCAAGAUGCAGGUGGAAUCCAUGAGAGCUCAAGUUGUUCAGCUGCAAGAACAAAGAAACCAGUUGUUGGGCUUUCUGAUGAACGUCCGUCACCUUGAUUCCACCUCCUCGCUUCAUGGCAGCAAGUUUGAUGGUGGCAAUUUCAUGUUGGAUGAAGAUUCAAUAGCUUAUGAUCCCAUCACAUAUUUCACAGAAAAUGACUGGACUUUCUGAUGGGAAAUAAAUAGUCCCAGUAAAGUAGUGUUAAACAUUUUCUUUCAUUCAGCUAGAUCUCAGGAAAAAUCUUUUAGCACUGUAUUUGGAGUAUUAAAUUAAGAACUGGGUUUUAAAAGUUAUGAGGAAAUUCAUGGG